UCUCGGCUUGGUACCUGAGCUACACAACCAAAUCGUAUUGAGGCGGGAGGCUCUGCCAGGCGCUCCUCUCUCUCACUACUCCUCGACUUGUUGCUGCGUGUUUCUGUCCACUCCUCUUUGUCAGACAUCUCAUUCUCCGCCCGACACUGGGAACCUCCCGAUCCCGAACGCCGUUAUCGAUGCAAACGCCUAUUAGUCGACAAGAGUUGUUCUCGUCAACGAGUCGAGCACGAUGGCUGCACCAGCGGGAACAGGCAAUGAGCGGACCCAUUCCCGUCCUACAAGCCGGAACGACUUCGAGAUUGUGAUAAUCUGUGCACUUCCCCGCGAAAUGGACGCCGUUGAGUUGCUCGUCGAUGAAUUUUGGACGAAUGGGGCCGAUCAAACUCAAUACGGCAGGGCUCCGAGCGACUCGAACACAUACGAGCUAGCGCGGAUCGGAAAGUUCAACGUAGUCCUCGUUGUCCUGCCCAGCAUGGGAAAAGUUGAGGCAACCGCGGCAGCCACCGGUGUCGCUGCAAGUUACCCGAAUAUCUCCCUAGUCCUCGUGGUCGGUGUUUGUGGCGGCAUGCCUUUCGCCAACGUCGGAGGGGAACGCGAGGAAAUAGUCCUUGGGGAUGUGGUCAUCAGCAGCACUCUGAAUCAAUACGACUUUGGAAGACAGCUACCGGAUCGUUUUCUCAGCAGAAGCGAAGUCGAGCAUACGUUCGGCAGGCCGAACAGGGAUCUUCGGGGCCUGCUCAAGAGCUUGGAGAAGAUGAGAACCCGCAAUGAGUUUCAGAGACAGGCAGCCGACAACCUGAUGAAGCUUCAGGAGCUCAGCGGCGGCCUCUCCCGAUAUGCAUACCCAGGAACAGACAAGGACAGACUAUUCGAAGCUUCAUAUGAGCACAAACAUCACCGCCCUGCGUCAGGGUGCCUUACUUGCGCGCAAGGAUCGAUAUGCGAGUUAUCAUGGGAAAUUCCCUGUGAUAAUGUUGGGUGUGACGCCAGAUAUCUGGUUCAAAGAAAGAGAUGCGGUCAACCCAAUCAUCCCAUGUUCUUCAUAGGGCGCAUGGGGUCAGCCGAUGCUGUUGUCCGCUCUGCCAAACACCGCGAUACUUAUGCCGAAAAGGGCAUCAUCGCCUUAGAGAUGGAAGGUGCAGGGGUAUGGGAUGUGUUACCUUGCCUCGUCAUCAAAGGCGUGUGUGAUUACGCAGACAGCCACAAGAACAAAGCGUGGCAGGGAUAUGCUGCGGCCAGCGCUGCGUCGGUGGCGAAGGCAUUUCUGAACCGCUACCAAGGGGCUGGAAAGAUUUCCAGGAAUGGAAGUGAGCACCAAACAAUUCCAACUCCCGCACCCUUCCUGAAUGCUCCAUUUCAGCCUGACGAUGACUUCGUCGAACGGGAUGAGAUCAUGUCAUGGCUGCAAACCGAGUUAAACAACAAGGGAGGCCGUGCUGCACUUGUUGGCUUCGGGGGCGUAGGAAAAUCACGACUCGUCAUCCGAUACGCGCGUAACAUUCAGAAAACCUCUCCCCAAACAUACCUUCUCUGGGUAUACGCCGGCACCCAAGCAUUGUUCAUCGGAUCGUUUCGCGAAAUUGCACAAGAACUGAGCCUGGAUGGCUGGGAUGAUGUCAAAGCUGAUGUCCUACGGCUGGUGCUCAACUGGCUACGUUCUGGCAACCGACAAUGGCUGAUGAUUCUCGACAACGCCGAUGAUAUCAACGUUUUCGACCCAAAACCAGACGAACGCAAAGACUCAGAUAGUACGACCGCUUCUUCGACAGCAUUAAAGCCGCUCGACUUCCUCCACCGAUGCCAAAAUGGGAAUAUUCUGAUCACGUCACGAAGCGAGAAAGUCGUCAAGCGUCUCGGGGUGGGGUUGCAUUUUCGGCGAGUUGAACCAAUGUUCAAAGGCCAGGCGAGGCAGCUGUUACGGCAUAAACUAGCUACGCUGGAAGAUGAAAGCGGGGAAGAGAACCUGGUUGACGCUCUCGACUGCAUUCCCCUCGCUAUUACUCAGGCAGCGGCAUAUAUCAACCAUCUUGCAUCGACGGGAAGGACGUCCGUCCGCGUGUACUUGGAGCAGUUCCGCGAGAGCGAGAAUAACCAGGCAGUUCUUCUCAACCACUUCCCCGAAGACGAAGCUUCAGGUCCGGUGUUCACGACGUGGAUAAUCACAUACGAACAUAUACGGAAAGAACGGCCGUCAGCCUCCGACCUGUUGUCAUUGCUGAGUUUCUUCUAUCACCGCGGAAUUCCGGAAUGGGUACUUGAGAGGUACUAUGAAGACUUUGAGACCUAUCAUCCACAUACCAAACCACCCGAAGAUUGUUUGGACCCGCUGGCAGAAGACGUAGCAAUGUUGUGCAGCUAUUCGCUUGUCACGGUAGUACCCAUGAUUGAUAACCGGGACAAUCAACAACCAAGCUCCCGUUCACUUCAAAUGCAUGCUUUAGUACAUACUUGUACUCGCCACUGGGUUAGGUCAAAGGAUGCCAAUGGGAAGUGGCUAGGCCCCUUCAUUCACCUCUUGGACAAAGAGCAUCCGGACAUUGCGUGGGAUUUUGCAGAACUUUCUAAGCAUUGGGCAAUAUGCUGCGACCUGUCCCCCCACGUCGAUUCUUUGGUUGAAUCAGAUGGGCUUGAUGGUCUCGAUGAAAUGCAUACAGUCAGAUUAGUCGAGUUGCUCCAGCAUGCAGGAGAUUACAGUCAUGUAGUCGGUACGCUGGAGAGAUCGGAACGGUUGUUGAUAAAGGCGCUGAAAUUAGCUGAAACAAGGCUUUGCAAAGCACAUGAAGCUACAUACAGUGUCGUCAGUAGAAUACUACGGUCAACUCAGCAUAGCACAAAAUUUGAGGACACGGUUGUAUCUGCGGCAAAUCGGUUGUUCACGGGGCAGUUGGACAUGCUCACAGCCCCUGCCGACAACUUGACUGCUCUAAAAAGCUAUUGGAAGCGGGAGGCAACUGAGGUGCUUAUACUAGACGCGAACGAGCACACCGAUGAGCAUAAACAGGCUCUCCUGUUACUAGUACCUCUACAGGAGAUGAAGGAAUCAAGCCCGAAUGUUCCUGUUGAACGUGUGGUUGGUCACAUGGUGCGUUUUAUCUCCGACGCCCCGUCCUGUGACUUUACGUCCAUAAUUUUCAGACUUGUGGAGGUGAUCAUUGAUGUCCUGGGGUAUAUUAGAAGAUAUCCAGAGCAGGAGGCUUUAUACCGUGCCUUUCUAGAGCGGCGAAUGCGCUUACCUGACGAGGGUUGGGAUACAUUGAAUUUGGGCACCGAAGAACAGAUUGUAGACUGUCUCAGCCGCGACUUGAUAAAGCAAGACAAGUUUGAAGGAGCUGAAACGUUGCUGCGAAAAAUGCACUCGGAAUAUACUCCAGGGGAAGUUGAGCCAGAACAAGCCGCAGAAGGAGGUGAUUACAGGUACUUGCGUACGCUCGGCAAGGUAUUAUUUUACAGAGGAAAAUUCGAAGAAGCCGAGAAAAUAUUCCGCGAGAAGCUCGAAAUCCACGCCCGUAAUGAACUGGACUUUGCGGAACCCUCUACAUGCUCUGUGGUGGAGAUUGGGUACGAUCGAUGGCUUGGUUAUACGCUCGCUUCACAAGGCAAGCAUGGCGAGGCAUCGGAUUGCUUUCGCCAAAUCCUCCAAUGGAGCAAACAGCUACAGCUUCUAGAGCACCCCGAUACACUGAACAUCUACGAGGACCUUGUGAACAAUCUUAUGGCCCUGGAAGAAUACGGAGAGGCAGAAGAUAUACUGAAGCAGUGCAUCGAGCUUAUGGAGAGAAAAUUCACGAACCAAGUGGACAGGGGGUACAGACUCCUGCUCAAACCAUGCAAAGUUCUGAGGGCACAAGGCAAAGAAGGAGAUGAAGAGUAUUAUAAUUAUCAAGACCAGCUCGCCGAACUUGAGGGCUGGGACGCAUCUGACUCAGAUGAGGAUGGGUCGUGCGAGGAACCAAAUGGCGGCAGCGAACAUUCCCUAGACGGAAGCCAAGCAGCCAUCGAGAAUGGACAUUCAGACAAGGCCCAAUCGGACCCUAUAACCGCCGGUAACACUUCCGGACCUUUACUACCAAGAGAAAUGGCGAAAGAGAUUGACAUCAGUAAUCCCGAGCCAGUUUCUGAUCGCAUAGAUUUGCCGCGGCAAGAAGACGAGCUUCAUCAGGCGGAGAAUCUUAAGCGAUUCGACAAGCUGUUGUUGGAUGACGAUAACAACAUGCGUAUACCUCUAACGAUAGCCUGCGACGAUGAAGAGGCAGGAUCAGUCGAUGGUCUGAGUUGUACAAAUGCCCCCGAUGGCGCCCAGGUUCAGACCGAGGCAGGCGAUGCGUUGAGCCACACCCUGCGGGAAGCGGAUGAGCCACCAAUGGACUUUUGGAUCAACUCAGUCUGGAGCCAAAUGGAGGUUGGCGGUUACGGAGGUAUAUUCCAGGACGAGCCAGUCAAUAUGGAUCUCCCCUUCACUUCCGAGACAAUGGAAUCGGAUGCCGCAAAACGAAAACGGAGGGACACCAGAGACUCGGUUGUUACGAGUGGGAGCACGUCCCAAGAGCAGCCGAGUCGAAAGGUCAUGCGAACAGAGUAACGGAUACAAUGCUUGGUCUGGCCGGCGUCGACGGCAGAAAGCAUGAACAAUGAUAUACCAUUUCGUGGCUCGGUCCAGAAUGAUUCUUCACGGAGGGGAGGGGGGGGGGCA